AUGCCCAUCUACUCACAACUGUAUUCGAAUUUUAUCCGUCAAGGAUCUACAUUCGCCAAAUCCGUUACCGCCCACGGCUACGCACAAUCUGUCGUAGCUGCUACUCACCCUCACGUCCUCAACUCUCAGAAUCGCCCCGUCUUCAGACGACAGUCGAACCGGCCCAGUCGUGUCUCCAACUUCCCUCUCUAUUCUGCCUUCCAUAGCGAAAGACUAUCGUCUGGACUACCAGCCGAUCACCACCAUGUCUCGAAUCACGGAGGUCUAGAUGCCUACUUUGAGGCUCUUCAAAAGAAGGACGUCAUUGGGGAGGAAGAGGACAAAGAAUGGACGCAGUUUGAUUUCCAGAAGCGCAUUGAGUGGAAGCCUAAUGCGUCAUCAGUUCUCGCUGGUGAGAAUGCGGCCGAGGCUGGCGUAGAGGCGGCGGCUGCCGAGCAGAGCGCUUCAGCUGAGGCCGCUCACGAUGAUGCCGAACCGCAGCAUCUGAUGUCGGCGGCGGAGGAGGCAGCUCUUGCCCACAUCGACGCGGCGCUCGAACAGGAAAUCGAGGCUCGAAAUUUCCAGGCAGCUGUUGAAAAAGCAGUUGCUGAGGGAAUAACCUCAGUGUCUGUGCCUCAUUCUCGUGCCCGCACGCCUUCACCUGUCGACUCAACACAAGAAGCAGUUUCUGCCCAGGGUCAAUCUCAGUCAUAUGCCGACCACCUUCUGAAGCUGUCAGAGGCUGCCCGGUAUGCUGAGAUCCCGGCUGUGUUCGAGGCCAUGCUGGCUACCGGCGUGCAGCCCAUCGCCAGUGCCUACAAUGCUCUGCUGUUGGCCGCGAUUCAUAUCCCUAGCCAAAGAAGCGAGGUCGUUUCCAAGGCUCUGGAUGUUUAUGCUGACAUGAUGCGCCGAAGGGUGUCUCCUGACAGUGAAACAUUCAACAUUCUUGUCAGUCUGCUCUCUUCUCGCUCUUUAGAGGUUUCGGAAAUGAAGGCUGUUCUUGAAGAGAAGCGCUUGCGAUUUGGUGGAAUGGAUGAGCCCGGCAAGUUCAUGUUCGCGUCCCACGAGCUAGAGCAUGCCAUCUUGUGCGAGGAUGAGCGCCUCGACCUGGCUGUUAAGCUGUUCGACAUGUCCUUUGAGGCUGGCAAGGCCUCUUACUCAGCUGAGACAUACCGACAGUUGAUUUCGGCUUGCGCCCAAGUUGGCCGGGUAUCAGAUAUGCUGCGAUUUUAUGAGCAAAUGGAGCUCAGCGAGCUCAUUCCCUCUGCCGACGUCUUCCCCAAGAUGAUCACUGCUUACGCCAAGUCUGGUAAUCUCAUUGGCGCUGUUGAAUGCUACAACGAGUAUCGAAAUUUGGCCAUCUCUCAUGAUGCUGGUAGCUCGGCUCUUAACGAUCGACUUGACGCCCAGGUGUACGCCUCUGUCCUCAAUGCCUAUGUCAUCUCCGACAAGAUUGAAGGCGCAAUGAGGUUUUUCAAGAAGAUUAUCAGCGAAUACGGCACCUCUGUCGCCGAUAUGAAGGAUGCCCUGGUCGAUCUGGGAUUCAUUAAGGGGUUCAUCGCACGAGGUGUCUUCCAAGAGGCCCUUCAGUGGGCUCAGUCUCUCGAUGCUAGCGUUCGAGAUCAGGCCAUGAUCCACAUUGCCACCGUCGCUGCUGAUGGCAACGAUGCCACCACCGCAAUCGAGGCGUAUGCCAACAUCCACGUCGUGGAUCUCCAGGACCUUGCAACACCUUCAAUUGCACUUCUUGCCAUGAGCGUGCGAUUGGGCGAUGUUGCUUCGGCCUCCAAGUAUUGGUUUGCCCUCUCCAACCCUGAGAUGCGUGCCACAGCUGCCUUUAUCGAGCCAACUACCAUGUAUGCGGUUUCUCUCAUUGGUUCCGGCCAGGUCGCGGAAGGCUUGGCACAGUCCGAGAUGAUGUUCCAGAGAAUCCGAGCUGCUGCCGAAUCCGAGGCCCUUCCUCAACUUGUCGAAGAGAUUGACGAGGGUGUUGAUUUCAUUGCUCGCUAUAUGGAAUCUCGGGGUAUUGUCGAUCCCCGCGAGUUGGCCUCUCAGAUGUCGACGGUUCCUUCCCAGGUUCACAGCAUUUCUCCGUUCCAAUCUACCCCGACCGUCUCCAGCUAUGAAGAUAAUUACGAUCCGUAUGCAAGCAACACUGAUUUCAAGGGUUCAUCUUUGAUCGCCGACGAUUUGGAGGGCAACCACGGUCGCAAGGGUCCUCGUCUCCACGAAGCUCUCAACCGAUUCAAGAACAUUCGCCGUGCCGGAAGACACCCCCGAUACAUCACAUACGCCAAGCUGAUAUCUGCCGCCGCUCGCGAAAACAAGAUGGAUCUUUGCCAAGAAAUUCUUGCAAUGGCUCGUACCGAUGUUCCCCCGGUUGCUCACAACGCCGUUGUUCGCUAUGGCUGGUCUUCUAUUCUGGACGCCAUGCUUGGUGCUUGCCUGACCUUGGGAAACCGCGGACGGGCUGAGCAGUACCACCAAGAGCUGCUUGAGAUGGGCGCCACCCCUUCUGCCAACACCUUUGGACUGUACAUCACCACCUUGAAGGACUCCACCAAGACAUUCGACGAGGCCUCGGAGGCCGUCCGCAUUUUCCUUCGCGCCAAGGCUGAGGGUGUUGAGCCAAGCUCUUUCCUGUACAACGCCCUCAUCGGUAAGCUGGGUAAGGCUCGUCGCAUCGAUGACUGCCUUUUCUACUUUGCUGAGAUGAGGGCGCUGGGUAUCAAGCCCACUUCUGUUACCUAUGGCACCAUUGUCAAUGCACUGUGCCGUGUUAGCGACGAGAAGUUUGCAGAGGAGCUCUUUGAUGAAAUGGAGGCCAUGCCCAACUACAAAGCUAGACCGGCGCCGUACAACAGCAUGAUGCAGUUUUUCCUGACGACGAAGCGUGACAAGGCCAAGGUCCUUUCCUAUUACGACCGCAUGACGACCAAGGGCAUCGCCCCCACCUCUCACACCUAUAAGCUACUCAUCGAUACUCAUGCUACUCUGGAGGCGGUCGACAUGGAGGCCGCUGAACAGGUUCUGGAAACGAUGCGCGCGGCUGGCCAGCGACCCGAGUCGGUGCACUUUGCUUCACUCAUCCACGCCAGAGGCUGCGUCCUGCACGACAUGGAAGGCGCGCGAAGAGUGUUUGACUCGGUCGUGGCUGAUAGCUUGGUCCCCGUUAACGCCAGCAUCUACCAAGCCUUGUUCGAGGCCAUGGUUGCUAACCACCAGGUUGCCGAGACGGAGCCAAUCCUAGCCGAGAUGCGAAGCAGGCGGGUGGAGCUCACUCCCUACAUCGCCAACACCUUAAUCCACGGCUGGGCUGCAGAGAAGAAGAUCGAGAAGGCCCAGGCUAUCUACAAUGCUGUUGUUCGUGAGAAGCGCGAGCCCAGCACGUAUGAAGCCAUGACUCGAGCUUUCCUUGCUGUUGAGCAGAGAGAAGAAGCCAAGGCUGUUGUGGGAGAGAUGCUCACUCGCGGAUACCCCAGUGCAGUCGUCAACAAGGUUCUAGAGCUGCUCGGCGGAGGCCAAGAUACUGGCGCCGCAGAGUAA